CCGCCUCCGUCCCCCGCCUGCGCCGGGGGAGGCGCCGCCGCCGCUGUUGCCGCCGGAGAGCGCUCAUAGCAGCGGCGGCGGAGGAGGAGGAGUCGGGGAGAGGAUGGGGCGGACGGUCGUGGAGUUUUUUUACGAUGUGGUGUCCCCUUACUCCUGGCUGGGGUUUGAGGUGCUUUGCCGGUACCAGCACAUCUGGAAUAUUGAUCUGUGCCUUCGCCCAGCUUUCCUUGGUGGCAUAAUGCAAGCAACUGGUAACAAGCCCCCAGGAUUGUUGCCGAAGCGUGCAGAAUACUUGCUGAAGGAUGUAAAAAGGAUGGCAAAAUACUACCAAGUGCCUGUAGAGAUUUCAGAAAAUGACUUCCAGCGUAUCCUUAAUACAAACAGUCUUGGGGCCAUGCGUUUCAUCACAGCCAUUGAUAUGACACACCCACAAUACUUGGAACCCUUAUCUAGAGAGUUCUGGACACGUUUUUGGUCACAGCAUCAAGAUAUCAGUGAGCCGGAGAGUAUAGUGGCUGUUUCAGGACUGGCUGGGCUAUCAUCAGAGGUCACCCAGGAGCUACUUGAAAUGAUUUCAACCCCUGCAGUGAAGAACCGACUGAAAGAGACAACAGAGAAAGCAAUAAAUUAUGGGGCAUUUGGGAUGCCUUCUUUUGUGGCACAUUUUAAUGGGGAACCUCAUCUCUUUUUUGGCUCUGAUCGUAUCGAGCUGCUAGGCAGCAUUAUAGGUGAAAAAUGGCUGGGGCCACUUCCAAGCUCUAAGAUGUGAAAAGUCCUGGAGAAAUACGAGUGAAAUGAAUGUACAUGGUCAGUCUUCAGUGAUUACCUGAAUGUAUCCAAUUCUAUGAAGAGAUAGCUUUUUCAUCCUUAACAGCUAACUUUACAGCUUGGUUUCAUCUCUUAAUUUUGAAGAACUGGAAGGUUUGCCAGUAUUACCAGUGUGGUGAGGUCUUUACCCAGACAAACAUACUUCUUUUCUUUCAACAUAUCAAUGAUUAACAUUAAAGGUGAAACACUAAAUAUUUAACUUCCGACAGAUUAAACAUUCAUUUUCCUGAUUAAUUCUCUUUCUCACUGUAAAAGCAUGAGGAUUAAAUUGUUGUUAUUGGGA